AUGGCUGAAGAGAUUCCGACCGAAUUCCGUCCGCGACCAGACACGGAGUCCCGUCCUCUCUACUUCGCGUACGGCUCCAACCUGUCAUAUGGCCAGAUGAGACAGCGGUGCACGCAUGCGCCUGGCCAUUCAGCCACGCCGCGAGCAUUGGCACGACUGGAUGGCUGGAAGUGGAUUAUCUGCGAUCGAGGCUAUGCGAAUGUCAUCCCGCCUGCAGAACUAAGGAUUGGCGAAUUUCAGAGAGUAUGGGCGGACUCCCCUGCAACCGAGAAAGGGGACACUGUGUAUGGUUUAUUGUACGACAUGGCUGUUGAGGAUGAGAUGUUGUUGGAUCGCUAUGAGGACGUGGAUUACGCCGCCCCUGUCGGCAAGGAGGACAAGGUUGCUUUGUCUAUGAGACCACGAAAACAAGGGCGUGGCGAUUAUACGAAGUGGUAUGUGCCGGCGGUUGUUGAGCAGUGGUUUGGCAAAGAGAAGGGACCGGAUGUGACUACAGUACUGGUGUAUAUUGAUGAAGAAUGCGUGCGAGAAGGCAGACCAAGGGAUGAGUACAUCGCGCGCAUGAAUCGAGGCAUUGUAGAGGCCCAGUCCCUAGGCCUCCCUACUGCGUGGACAGACGAUGUUCUUAGAAAGUUCAUUCCCAAGAGGCCAAUCGAUGUAUGA